AUGUCGGUCAGUCAUGAAAGUCGACAGGGGGAGUUUCGGGCUACAACAAUUGCCAUGACUGCGCUGGCCGCAGUGUUCGUUGUUUUGCGCUGUUUAUCUCGGGUUAAAUUGAGAGGGAAGAGUCUUGGUGUAGAUGACUAUGCUAUGAUGUUAUCUCUGUUUCUUCUAUUCGUGCUUGCUGGACUUGAUUUGACCUUGAUCCAGUAUGGUAUGGGUCUGCAUGCCAGUAUUUUGCCGACAAAAAAUCUGAUCAUAAUUGCUCAGUUAUCUAUGGCCUAUGAAUGUAUCUAUUCACUUACCAUCGGCGCGAUCAAAAUGUCCAUUCUACUCAUGUAUACUCGGGUCUUCAUUGGCGGAGAAUUUCGCGUUGCCGCCAUUACCUUGGGUGCGGUAAUCAUGACUUGGAUCGUUGGUGUUAUUUCCAUGAGUGUUCUUGAAUGUGCGCCUAUCCAAAGGGCCUGGGAUGCAUCACUACCCGGCACAUGUGACGAUGCCAAUGCCUUGUUCUUCGCAAACUCGAUUCCAAACAUCGUCACCGAUCUCGUCAUCCUAAUACUCCCCGUGCGAGCCGUGUGGAAGAUGGAGACGACCACCACCCAUCGCCUUUCUGUCAUUGCGAUUCUUCUUCUGGGCUGCUUCGUUAUAUUUACAAGUGCCUAUCGUUUUGCCACUGACUUUGCAUUCAAAGCCACGGAUAUCCCUUGGACGCUUGGUGAUUCCUGCACCUGGAGUAUCAUUGAGUGCUCAUGUGGCAUCAUCUCGGCCUGCAUGCCAACACUUUACCCGCUAUUAGGGAUUAUUCAGUCCAGGCUUCCUGGUGGAGGAUCUUAUGGCAAUAUGACAGAUGUCAAGAUCUCGGGCAGAGCUGAAUCUACAGUCCCGCCGUUUCGACCUCAAAACGAGUCAGUGGGCAAAGCCAAGGUUCAGCUGGUAGUUACACAGCCGCAAGAUGAACUGGGAGAUGAGGUGCCCUUGAAUACGAUUGUGAUUCUCCUCCAAAUCAAUUGCCCCUCCUCAUCGAGCAUGACCUCCACCUCGACCCUUGAUACCUUCACCAUCAACACACAUCCUUAA